CCUUGCGUACAGCGUACUUGUGCAGCGAUUUCCAUUCACCGAUGUAUCAGACAGCGCGACACCAUGCUCAGCUCCAUACAACUUGGUGAUUACCACGUAUCCAGAGAAACAGGGUUUUUGCUAGAGAACCCUCAGGAAUAUUUACCAGACUACUUUGAACCAUGGAACCGCCUGGCGAAGUGCAUGCCAGACUUGGUAUACAGGCACAGCAUGAGACAAGCUGUAAAAGAGAUGCCUCUGUUGGAUCACUCCAAGUUGGCCGGGUACCGUCAGAAGCGUCUGGCCCACAUGCAACUGGUUCUCAUCACAUCCGGGUAUUUGUGGCAGGAGGGAGAGGCUGGGGCAGUGCAGCGUCUCCCUGAGUGUGUUGCGGUACCUCUGUGGCACGUAUCCAACACGCUGGGUCUGAAGCCUGUCAUCUGUCACCCCGACAUGUGUCUGGCCAACUGGAAGUACACUGAGGACCAAGGGGACAUCGAGUUACUGUACACUGUCCCAGGGGGGUCAAGCAGUGUCUGGUUCUUCAAAGUUACCUGCUUCGUUGAAAUGGCCUUCGCUAAAGGUCUGCAGUCAGUCCAGAAUGUUCUGGAUGGCGUUAUGGAAGAUGACAAUAUCAAGGUCAAAUCCGGGUUAGCUGGUCUGACGAUAACGGUCGGGAACAUGCAGUCGGCCAUGAAGAGGAUGCACGAACACUUGUCGGGUCAUACCUUCUACAACACAGUGCGGCCUUAUCUUGGCGGAUGGGGUGGGGCCUCCAGUCCUCUUCCGGAUGGUGUUAUAUUUGAGGGUGUAUCAGAGGAGCCAGUUCAGGCGAUUGGGGCCUCUGCAGCUCAGAGCACAACUCUUCAGUUGAUAGACCUUCUCCUGGGAGUCACACAUUCCCCAGACAAACAGGCCUUCCUGGAUGAAAUGAGGAUCUACAUGAUCCCCGCUCACAGACAACUGCUCCUUGAUGUGAUGAUUAUGCCACGGAAACUGACUUGUAUGGUGGCAGACUGGGAAGACGCAGAUCUGACAACAGCUUACAACAAGUGUCUAGCUGCUGUCACCCAGUUCCGCAGCUACCACAUACAGGUCGUAACAAAGUAUGUUGUGUCUGCCUCAAAGAAAGGGAGUCGGGAGAACAACCAUCUUGCUAACAAGGGCACCGGGGGAACAGAUCUUCUUCCCUUCCUGAAGGCUCUCAGGGACGACACUAGGAAGAAGGUGAACCUCCAGUGACAGCUGUUCAGGUAUUCCAGCCGUGGUAGACGAUCCCAUGUAAACCUCGUCGUCUGCUCCCCUGCAACACCUCUCCAGUUGAAGGCCUGAAGACAUAUCGAUACAAGGCAGCGGUACGUGAACACAGAGUGGACUGUCAUGGCUGGUGUUUUGGGGAUCAGCAGAUGUCAUCCAUCUGGACCAAUUCGGCUUCAUUUCGAUUUCUCUUUACCACCAUCGAACAUAAUUAUACGCUCAGAAACGACAUGAUGUGUAAACUUAUUAUUGCUCUAUUUAUUGCAAUCAGAACUUGUCGAAUAUAUGAUUAUGAGGGAUACAGAACACAUGGUUGUCUGAAUGCCCCUCUGACGUGGACCGAGAAGUCUCACCUCGUAUUUGAUGAUUUGAAAGUUUCACACAUCUAGGGUCCGUCAGAUCUACACGCUGGGAGGUAUUGUGUUAUUGUUAAAGCUCUGAGUUUAAUUAACCCGUUGUAAAAUAUAUUGUUAUAUAUAUUACAACGGUAAUCAGAUGCCUUGACAAACGUGUUCUUAUACUGUACUUGCAGUAUACUGAUGGGGUACUGUGUAGUGGGUAAAAACGUAGCAUACGAUCUAAAACAGCUUCUUGUUUAUUGCAUAAAGCGAGAUUUAUAUUCUUGCACCCUUAUCAAGCUAAAGUAACGUCUUGUUAGUACCUACGGUAUGUUGUGACAAGCAGCAGAUUAAUAUUACAGGAGAUUGAUAACAUGUUGCAUGAGGCCGGGUGGGGAGUAAGAACGUUACCACACGGGCCAUGAAGCCGAUAAACAGGAGUAGAAACAAGGGUGAUAAUUGAUAGUGUCUAUAGUUUGAUUAACUCUUCCAAGACCGAUGAUAUGUAAUGCCCUUGUGGUAUUUGUUGUUCUUAGUCUCCGCUUGGGAUCAUUCAUUUAUGUGCCACUUGUUAUUCAAUUACAUGCUGUUAUUCUGCUGUCAUAACAUACUAUGUAUAUAUUCUUCUCAUCACUUGGCUGUAGUCACUUUUAGCUUGGUAAUGAUGUAAGAGUAUACACCUACACACUCUAUGUCAUAAACAAGUAGAUGUUAUCCACAAAGUUGUAUGCUUCAUAAUUGACCCACCCACCUGUAGAAUGCCGAUCACACAAUCAGUACGAGGUGUUCACAAACAGGUGGGCGUAUCCCGUCCCAUCAGUUGCUGCCGUCACAAAUACAUGCAAAGGCAGGACACUUUUUCACCUGAACAUAUGCCCGUGCCUAUAAGUUCCGACAUUAGGCUAAAUGGCAUGGAUUACCAACCAUAUAACAUUAAGGUUUAAGGAUGUAAGGUUUUCCAAGUUCGUCAGAUUUAGGGUAUGUCUUCCGCAGCCCCUUCCGCUGAAACUACCCGGUGAAACACAAAUGUGUGUGCGAGAUAUUGGAAUAUAAAUAGCGCGACUAUAGCCAAUGAAUGAGAACUUUUUUCUUCCAUCGAAAUAUGUUGCAGGUCCAAGACCUCGUGACCUCGGUGUCGUUUUCUUACGAAAUGUGUUGGACAAUGAUUCUUUGGCAUGGAUGGGGCGUUUUGCGCACAGAGAAGAAGUGCACAGAUUCUUUGUCCAAAUGGUGGUCGAUGUAUGUACGCUUUUGGCUACUACAGAUCCAGAUUCAAUAAGAUUAAGAGCAAAUAUAUAUUAUAAUCAUUUAAAAUGUCAACAGAUCAAACGGGGCGGUGGGGUAGCCUAAUGGUUAAAGCGUUGGCUCGUCACGCCGAAGACCCGGGUUCGAAUCCCCACAUGGGCGCAAUGUGUGAAGCCCAUUUCUGGUGUCCCCCGCCGUGAUGUUGCUGGAAUAUUGCUAAAAGCGGCGUAAAACCAAAUUCAGUCAGUCGGUCAACAGAUCACACGACGGCCAUUUUUGUCAUAACUUACAUGGACGUGAGUUAACAUCUACCUGUACACUUCUCAGAAAAAUUCUCGCGCAUAUUUACACAAUGACGUCAUUGUUUUGUUUUAAGAUAUACUUCUGCAAUUUGAACAUUGGUCUUUAUUUGCUAAAUUGAAAUUGAAAAGAAAUAACCGCUAUCGCCUAUAAUCAGAAAAUAGCCAACCAGCUAAGAGACAUUACAGAUCGUAUGUGAAUAAUGAAAGUUUUAUCGGCCCCAAGAUUAUCCAGGGGACCCUCGUGGGUUUGAGGUCCUACGACACUGAACCAUGUUAUCCACUACAGGAAAUGAUAAAUCUAUAGCUGAAAUCAUUGUUUGUUUCAUAAAUUAUGUGCCGAAUUAUGUUAUUUUAAUUGUUUAUAUGACGGUUUAGGUCUUUAGACCAUGGAGUGUUGCCGUACAACAAUGAUUUUGCAUAAUAAACAAGUUAAAAUACAA